AUGGCGUUGUUUUUUUGUCCGAUUUAUUGUUUCUACAGGCGUCCGAGAAGAAGCAGUCGAAUCCCAUGAGGGAGAUCAAAGUGCAGAAGCUCGUUCUCAACAUCUGCGUUGGAGAGAGCGGAGAUCGUCUCACCAGGGCUGCCAAGGUGAUGGUUUCUUCCGUUCAUUCUUCUUGUGCUUGAAUCCCCACUGUUUGUCCUCGACGGGACGCAGAAGAUCUGACCUGCGCAUGGCUUAUUGGUGAGGAAUAUUGUCAUCGUCGAGGUUUUUUUUAAUGUCUUUCAAUGUAAUCUCCCGAGACUUUAGUGAAGUAGCUUCCCUGCAGGGAGCUCAGGGUUCAUUCACGUCCUUGGGAUUGGAUAUCUACCAGGAGAACCUUUGUCGUUUUCGAGCUCUCCAAGUGGGUCGGGACUUGAGUGGUUAUCUUAGGGGUUUCGUCUGCAUUCCGUCGGGAAUGUUGGGUGGCGUCGUUUCAAGUGUGUACAGCAUUUGGGAAUUUAACGGGUUUUGGAAUAAUCAACACUUCAUCCUAGUACUUUUGGUCGUGCUUCUUGAUCUGAUUGAUCCUAGAUUUCAAUUAGCUUCAAAUCCUUACGCGUUUUCAUUUUUUCCCCCUCUCUUAUGUAAAUUUUGGGGUAAAAUAUGCGGGAAAAAUGUCAUCUCGUAAACACAUUCUUACCUUUUUCUAUCUGUUUUUUUUGCGUUCUACAGGUGCUCGAGCAAUUGAGCGGCCAGACCCCUGUUUUCUCAAAGGGUAGGUUCUUUAUUUUUAUUAAAACUUUACACCUAUCAAAAUUCUUAUUAAUACGAUUUCUGAUGCCGGCCAUUGGUUUUUGACAGCGAGGUACACUGUUAGAUCCUUCGGUAUCAGGCGUAAUGAAAAGAUUGCUUGCUACGUUACUGUCAGAGGUGAGAAGGCAAUGCAGCUCCUGGAAAGCGGUUUGAAGGUGAAGGAGUACGAAUUGCUGAGGAGAAACUUCAGUGAUACUGGAUGCUUUGGCUUUGGCAUCCAGGAGCACAUUGAUCUUGGGAUCAAGUAAGCAUCCCUCACCAGUAUCAUCAUUAAAUUCUCGAUCGCCAUCUCUAUUGCAGAUUUGAGGUUACUCGUUCUCCUGAUCUCGGGAUCAAGAUAACGCCUCAGAGAGUUGCUACUCUGCUCAUGGAUGGACAUAUAGAAGCUUCAGAAGUAGUCUUCAUCAUUGUUCCUCACUCCACGCCACUUUCAUGCCGGACUGGUUUCCAUGUUAAUCAGUCUAGUAUGAACGUAGUAUGUUGUGGAAGAAUUGAGAUGAGGAUUGCUUCCCCUGACAUCUCUUGUAUUGGAAGGACACACUCUUCUAAUGGUCCUUCCACGAGCAGAGUAGCCACUCUUUGAGACGUUUUCUUUCAUUACAAUGCUUUUUGCUUUCUGUCUUACAAGUCAACUUCUCUCAGCGUGAUUUCUCUCGCCUCAUUUCAUUCUACGUAAAGCAAGCGCCUGAAUGAGAUUCUUUUCUUUUUUGGUUUGAUUUCUCUCCCUCAGUAUUUCCGUGUAAAAAAACGCAUCGGAGUGAAUCUGCUCCAUGCUUGACUUUCUUCUAUGAAAAGGACAACGAAGUCAGAGUGGCAACUAACUUAGAGAUCUCUUCCACUAUCUUCUCAUGGUUUAUCUCGAGCAAUUUUGUUUGACUCUCAUAUGUCCUGUCACAUUCUUCAUACCGUUUCCAUCAAGCAGUCCACAUUCUGGUCAAAUGGUCUCACCGUUAAUCGUAAAAUCAUUUGACCAGUUUCUAAUCAUGGGUGCCCCUGUAAUUCUUUGAGUUCUGGUGUUUUUAAUCAGUCAGAAUAGUAAUCCUCUCCCCUCUCCUUGAAUGAACAAGGAAGGAGCCUUUCAAUGGGCACCCUCGCGAUGCUGAUUUUAGGCGGCGGCGUCGCCGCCGUCUUGUUCAUACGGUCAACUGAUGAGCGCCGCCCGAAUCUCUUUGCAGGUACGACCCGUCAACGGGCAUCUACGGCAUGGACUUCUACGUGGUGCUGGAGCGCGCCGGCUACCGGGUGGCGCGCCGCCGCCGCUGCAAGGCCCGUGUGGGCAUCCAGCACCGGGUCACCAAGGAUGACGCCAUGAAGUGGUUCCAGGUCAAGUACGAGGGCGUCAUCCUCAACAAGGCCCAAAACGUCACCCAAUGA